AUGAAGUUUAUCCAGCUCCUCGCCAUUGCCGGCUUGGCUGCGGCAGAUGUGCCGAGCGAUUGUCCCGCGUAUGACAACUACGCCGCCCAGCGACAUCCUCCGUAUUCCUCUGGCAAAUGGAAGUAUCCGUAUCAGCGGCCAGAGUCGAGAUGUCGAUCUUACGUGGUCCCAGAGGUGGAACAGACGCUGAGCAAGGUAAAACGGAUGAUUAAAGAUACGGAUCUGUACAGCCUAUUUGUGAAUACUUGGCCGAAUACCGUGGACACGACGAUUCUGUGGCAUGGAAAGGCUCUUGAUAAUCCGGAUGAAGAGCUUGCCUUUGUAACAACCGGCGACAUCCACGCCAUGUGGCUCCGGGACAGCGCCAACCAACUCCAAUCCUACAAGCCAAUCCUCAACAUCACCUCCCACAACAGCACCAACAACAUCGCCAGUCUAUACCGCGGCACCAUCAACCUCCAGUCGCGAUAUAUUCGAAAAUUCCCCUACUGCAACGCCUUCCAACCACCCCCGGACUCCAAGCUCCCGCCCAACAACCACAAGCGCAGUCUCCUCGCCAAGCGCGGCGACACAGUCAACCCACCCUACGAUCCCAAGGUCGUAUGGGAGUGCAAAUACGAACUCGAUUCUCUGUCCGCGUUCCUCCAACUCUCAUGGGACUACUACGACGUCACUCGAGAUGCCAAGUUUUUCCGCAAAUACAAAUGGGCUGACACGGUGAAAACCAUUCUCAAGCUGGCGAAUGACAUGAUGAUAGGCACGUACACACAAGACGGCCGCGUCAACAACUCCCCGUACACAUGGCUCCGUGAUGCGAAUAGCGCUACAGAAACGGUCUCCAAUAGAGGUACUGGAAAUCCUGUCGCCGGCAACAUCGGUCUCGUGCGCAGCUUCUUUCGUCCGUCGGACGAUUCCACCAUCUAUCAGUACUUUAUCCCUGCCAACAUGAUGUUCGCGCGCUACUUGCACGCUUGUGCCGAAAUCAUGCACAAGAUAGAUAGGAACACUGCGUCGCAAAUGUCAGAAAUGGCCCGGGGCAUAGAACAUGCUAUUGAUAAAUACGGUAUUGUGGAACACCCCAAGUUUGGUGACAUUUACGCCUACGAGGUCGAUGGUCUCGGCUCCCACAAUCUCAUGGAUGACGCCAAUAUACCCUCCUUGCUGAGCAUCCCCCAUCUGGGAUUCAAGUCCAACACAGACAGAAUCUACCGCCAUACCCGUGACUUCGUGCUCUCCCGCUACAACCCGUACUUUGGAUUUGGACCCGUGCUCAACGCUACGGGUGGACCGCACCUCGGACCGGGAAUGGCUUGGCCGAUGGGUGUUAUAAUGCAGACCAUGACUUCGCAUGACGAUCAUGAGAUUGUGCGUGGAAUAAAGCAGUUGAUGGGUGCGACCAGCGGACUCGGCCUCAUCCAUGAGUCGGUAAAUACGCACGAUGAUACGAAGUGGACUCGUUCAUGGUUUGCUUGGGCGAACGGUCUAUUUGGACAGAUGAUUCUGGACCUUUUGGACAGGAAGCCGCAUCUCCUGGCUAGGAGCUAUCAGUGA